AUGACUUUCCCAGAAAAGCCUGAUGUCUUAAAUGAUUUGACUCCGCUUGAAGAAAGGCUAAUUUCACCGAGAAUACCUUUCAUGCAAGUACGUGAACUGCCUAGUGGAGGACAACUAAGUAUCCAUGGAAAUGUAGUUAAUGUACCUGCUGAUGUUAACACAACCGUUAGUGUUUUACCAAGACCGAUUAACGAGUCACAAACUAUUCCAAUCAAAUUGAAACGACGACUAGGAUACAAACACCAUUAUCAAUUUCAGAAUGUCAGACCUUCGAAAGUUUUAGAAGCAGCGCGAUACUUGGUUUGUAACAGUGAAAUAUUCAAAAAUGAAGGAAUUGAAGUAAUGGAUAAUUAUGAAACAAAUCCACUCAACAAUGUCAAUGAAGAAGCGUGGUCAGAAUUUAUUGCCAACAACACCGAGGAAACAUCAGACAUUGUAUCAAACGAAGUAAAUAUUCAAAGUCAAGAAAAUGUAGCAACAAUGCAAGCAAGUAAUGACUCGAUUGACAACGACACAGAUGAUGAGUGGUGCGAACCAACUGAACGAGCAUCAGGUGUUAUGGAUACACUAUUACAAGAACCAGACAUUACUCAAAAUGGUGAUAAAAUAAUAAGUUUUGCACCAGGAGAAGGAAAUAGACCACUUGGUAUUUUUAUCGAUAAAGAUUCUGAAUUCCUGUCUUUCCCUACCAUUUACUGUGGCAAACGUCAAGCUGAUAACAGUGAAAGACUUGUACCUGUUCACUAUAGUACAAUUUGUAAAUGGGAAUUACGAAGUCAAGAUCGAAGAGUUGCUCAGUCUGUGCCAAAUAUUUUUUACAAAUUAAAAAAAUUACAGAUCAGACAAAUUCAAGGAAGUGCAAGCCUAUCAUUGCGUAAAUGUAAAACCAAAGGUAAAACUUACACAGCAGGCGAUUUGAAGUCUGAAAGUUCUGUUAAUAAGCUAAUCAAUUUAGAUGAAGGAUUCAGAGUUUUAAGAAAUUUACGCGGUUCCCCUCCAUACUUUGAAAGAUGUAAGAAGGAUCUAUUUGCAAUGAUUCGUCAGCUUGGUAAACCUACAUGGUUCUGUUCAUUUUCAGCUGCUGAAACGCGUUGGAUUCAUUUGAUUAAAAUUCUUGGUCGUCUUAUUGACAACAAACACUAUACUGACGAUGAGGUUAAGCAAAUGACUUGGCAAAAGAAGUCUGAACUGAUACAGAAAGAUCCAGUAACAUGUGCUCGAAAUUUUGAACAUAUGGUGCAACUCUUUAUUCACAAUUUUAUUAAAAGUUCAUGUCAUCCAAUUGGAGAAGUUGUCGACUUUUUCUAUCGUGUUGAAUUCCAGCAAAGAGGUUCUCCACAUAUCCAUGGAUUAUUCUGGAUCAAAAAUGCACCCGAGUAUGGCAAAGAUUCUGAUGAAGAUAUUGCCAAUUUUGUAGAUAGUUAUGUUUCAUGUAAAGCUGACUCAAACGACUUAACUGACCUCGUAAAUUUACAAAGGCAUAAACACUCUAAAACGUGCAAGAAAAGAGGAAAUGCUGUUUGCAGAUUUAACUUCCCUUUACCGCCAAUGCCAAGAACUAUGAUUUUAGAGCCUUUGUCUGAGACUGAUCUUGAAGAAAAUGUGGCAGAUAUAUUAAAGAAAGCUUUGGGACAGAUACACUCACUAUUAGAUUCUAUUAAAGCUGAUGAAACCAUGACCUUUGAUCAAUUUCUCGAAAAGUUAAAUUUAUCAGAACACCAAUACCUAAAGGCUAUACGGCUUUCUCUUAAACAUAACACUUUGUUAUUGAAACGAUCGCCAGCUGAGAUUAGAAUCAACUGUUACAAUCCAAACUUACUCAGAGCUUGGAAAGCUAACAUGGAUAUUCAGUACGUCUUAGAUCCUUAUGCUUGUGCUGUUUAUAUCCUUUCAUAUAUUACUAAAGGCCAAAGAGGAAUGAGCAAGUUACUUCGUAAGGCAUGUGAAGAAGCAAAAGAAGGCAAUAAGAACAUUGUUAACAAGGUGAGACAUAUUGGUAACAAAUUUCUCAAUGCUGUUGAAAUAAGUGCACAAGAGGCUGUCUACUUAGUAAUGCAAAUGCCUUUGAGACGAUCGUCUCGAGAAUUUCAAUUUAUCAACACAUCUGACCCAAAUGAAAGAACAUUCUUGUUAAAAAGCAUGGAUAAAAUUAAAGAACUUCCUGAUCAUUCUGUUGAUAUUGAAUCAGAUAACAUUAUUAAAAGAUAUCAGAGAAGACCAAAGAAAUUAGAAAACUUAUGGAAAAAUGAAAAUACAGAUCUUCUGAAAGACUUCCAAACUUACCAGGAUCGAUAUGAAAUUAUCAAAGAUGUAAUAAAACAAAACAGAAGACAAUACGAGAAUCACACCGAAGUUCUUGAUCAGGCAGUGCAAGAUAUUGAAAGUGAAGAAAAUCUAGUCGCUCCGAAUACGCAGUAUAGAGAUGAACAAGAUAGAGAAAUUGGGACGAAAGCAAGUGAAUUAUUCGGAUGCUUCGAUCCUGGAAAAGAUAAACAACAUGCCCAAUACGACCUGAUAAACGAUAUCGGUUUAUAUCCACGAACGAAUGAUGAUGAAGAAUUAGUUGUGAAAAGGCUGAAUGAUGCCGAUUAUAGAAAACUUGUCCAAUCACUUAACAUUGAACAAAAAGAGUUUUUUUUAUCAUGUACUGAACUCUGUCAAGACUGA